AUGACUAAAGUAAUUGUUUCAGGAGGAACUGGUUUCAUUGCUCAACAUAUCCUUAAUCAAUUAAUAAAAAGUAAUAACAACUACAAUGUAGUUUUCACAUCAAGAUCAAAAGAAAAAGGAGAUAAAGUAAUUAAUUUAUUUGAAAAACCAAAAAAUUUAAGUUAUGAAAUAGUAGAAGAUGUAGCAGCACCAAGAGCUUUUGAUCAUGUAUUACAACACCAUUCUGAUGCCUCGGUUUUUUUACAUACCGCUUCUCCUUUCCAUUUUAAAACUACUGAUCCUGAAAUAUUAAUAAAACCUGCUGUUGAAGGUACAAAAAAUGUAUUUUUAGCUAUUGAAAAAUAUGGUAAAAAUAUUAAAAAAGUUGUAGUUACUUCAAGUUAUGCAUCAAUUGCAAGAACAGAUAAAAAACCAACAGAUAUUAUUACAGAAAAAGAUUGGAAUACUCAAACUACACCAGAAGAAAUUGGUAAUAAUCCUGUUUUUAUAUAUAGAGCAAGCAAAUCAUUAGCAGAACAAGAAGCUUGGUCAUUUAUCAAGAAUCACCAGGUAAAUUUUAAAUUAUCUACUAUAAAUCCAGUAUUUGUAUUUGGACCUCAAUUAUUUGAUUCAGAAGUUAAAUCAGAAUUAAAUACAUCAAGUGAAGUUAUAAAUAAAAUUAUAAAUUUAAAACCAGAUGAUAAAAUCCCACCAUUUAAAGGUGGUUGGAUUGAUGUAAGAGAUGUUGCAAAAGCUCAUUUAUUAGCUUUUGAAAAAAAUGAUGCAGAAGGUGAAAGAAUUAUAUUAUAUAAUGGAAAUUUUACUGAUCAAACUAUUUUAGAUUUUAUUAAUUCUAAAUUUCCUAAAUUAAAUUUACCAAAGGGAGAUCCAGGUAGUGAUAAAAAAGCUUUAGAAAGUGUACCUAAAGUUGAUGAUUCUAAAUCAAGAAGAAUUUUAGGUUUUAAAUAUAUUGAUUUUGAUACAUCUAUUGAUGAUUCAGUUAAACAAAUUUUAAAAGCUAAAGGAGAGUUGUAA